AUGUAUUCAUUUUUCGGUCUAGGUAUUUCCUUGGUGGCAGCGUGGGUGAUUCGGGCUCUUUAUCGAGUUUAUUUCCAUCCAUUGUCGCGGUACCCUGGAUCCAAGGUCGCCGCGGUAUCGACCUCGUGGUGGGAGUGGUAUUGGAACUAUGUGCAAAACGGCCGCAUGCUUUUUGAGAUUGAGAAGCUGCAUGAGAAGUAUGGCCCGGUCAUUCGCAUCGGCGUCAACGACUUACACGUCAGCGACCCAGCCAUCUACCAAGACAUAAGCCGCAUCAACUCUGGCUUCACCAAGGACCCCUUCUUCUACCAGUUCAUCUCCCUCCCCGGCACCUCCAUCGGCGAGACCGACCCGUCCAGGCACCGCAUCCGCCGCAAAGUCCUGACCCCCGCGUUUUCAACAACGCGCAUCCACGAGCUGGCGCCGAUUGUCCAGGACAAGACGGAGCAACUUCUGGCCCGACUGGCGGCGGCAAAGGAACCGGUGUGCUUCACGGACGCGGCGAAAGCGUAUACACUGGACAUUAUUGGCAAGGUUGUGCUGGGGAGGGAGAUUGGUUCGCUUACGAAGCCGGAAUUUAUCAGCGAGCUGAGUGAGCAUCUUCAGGCAGCCUUCGCAAUUGGAUGGAUUGGACCUUCGUUCCCGAUCAUGUCAUCUAUUGCUCUUUGGGUGAUUCAGCGGCUCCCGCUGUUUAUCUUUCCCAUGCCCCAGGUCCAAUUCCAACGGGCUUGUGCGAAAAUGACGGACUCAUAUCUCAAAAACUUCCACAGCGACAGCAGCGAUGGCGCGUCGACAUUCUCCACUGCGCAUGGAGAGAGAUCGGCUGUCAUCGACAUGCUUGUCGAUCCGGCGGCGACUAAGGACUACAAGGUGCCGACGAAGAACGAAGUCAGCGAUGAGCUGACUAUGCUGUUGACAGCGGGAAGCGACACGAGUUCUACAGCCAUCAUUUCGGCGAUUUACUAUAUUAAGCGCCAUGAGAAAGUUCUGAAUCGCCUCUGUGAGGAGCUCACGAAAGCGUUUCCGUCGCUGGAAGAGGAGAUUACGUAUGAAAAGGUGAAAGAGCUACCGUACCUGACGGCUGCUGUCAAGGAAGUCUUGCGGCUUGCUCACCCUCUGCCCGGUCGACUGCCCAGGACUAUUCCAUCGAGCGGAUAUUCGCUUUAUGGCAAUGCGCUGCCUCGCGGAACAAACAUACACACGUCUGCGUACCUCUUGAAUCGCCACUCUGACAUCUGGCGCGACCCGCACGAGUUUGAUCCCACCCGCUGGAUGCAGGGUGACUCGGCAGACCUGGAGAAGCACGUUGCCACGUUCGGCCGUGGUGCCAGACAGUGCCUCGGGAAAGAUCUGGCUUGGUGUGAGCUGUGGGUUCUGCUGGCCAAUUUAUUCCGACGAUAUGAUGUGCGCUUGACGCCAGAGUGCGAUACGCCCAAGAGAGAAUGGGUUGAUGUCGUUAUAGCCCAAUACGCGACGAAGCUGUACAUGACAGUGGCACCGAUGGAAAAGUAG